GAUGCAAAAAAGAGAAAGGGAAAAUAGGAAUAGCUAGCUAGCUAAGAACAGCGAAAAACUAUUUACAUUUUACUCUUGUUUAUACAUUUUGCGGAUGCUAGAUCAGUAUUUUUGACUACCUAUGUCAAGUAACUUAUGUUAGCUAGCCAACAGAGAGAGAUGAUAAUAUUUAACAAUAUUUAGCUGUUUAUUUAGCAUUAGCCUAGCUAUUAUUAGCUAGCUGGCUAGCUAUAGGCUUAGUUAGCUAACGUUAGCUACCAAGGAAAUUGUCUGGGUGACUAGCUAUUUCACUCUAUUUGUUUUUAUCUUUGACUUUUUCUUGAUCUUGGUGAUAAUGGCAACAUCGGCCCUGUACGCGUGUACGAAGUGUAACCAGCGGUAUCCCUUCGAAGAACUGUCGCAGGGACAGCAACUGUGCAAGGAGUGUCGCAUCGCUCAUCCCAUCGUCAAGUGUACAUACUGCAGAUCAGAGUUUCAGCAGGAGAGCAAAACAAACACCAUUUGCAAGAAAUGUGCCCAGAAUGUAAAGCAGUUUGGGACGCCUAAACCCUGCCAGUAUUGUAACAUCAUUGCUGCUUUCAUCGGAACAAAGUGUCAGCGUUGCACUAACUCAGAGAAGAAGUAUGGCCCUCCACAGACCUGUGAGCAGUGCAAACAACAGUGUGCAUUUGACCGCAAGGAAGAGGGUAGGAGGAAGGUGGAUGGGAAGCUGCUGUGCUGGCUAUGUACUCUGUCCUACCGCCGUGUGCUGCAGAAGACCAAGGAGCAAAGGAAAGGCUUCAGCUCCUCCCACUCCAACUCCUCGCUCAAUGAGAAGGACCACCACUCCAGACAGCAGCAUCAUCAACACCAGCACAGACACAGCAGCUCACAUAAACUCAGUGGGAGCCUAAGUCCAGAGCAGGAGCAGGGACUGUGGAAGCAGAGCCAUAAAUCGUCUUCGAUCCAGAAGGAGACCCCAAAGAAGAAGCCAAAACUGGAGGUGAAGCCAUCCAACGGGGACAGGUACGAGAGGAGUUUCAAUCACAUUAGUUCCAUUACCCAAUCUAUGGAUUCUGGAGGAACGGACAACUUCAUUCUGAUCAGCCAGCUGAAAGAGGAAGUGAUGUCAUUAAAGAGAAUGCUUCAACAGAGGGAUCAGACAAUACUGGAGAAGGACCGAAAGCUCACAGAACUCAAGGCAGACUUCCAGUACCAGGAAUCCAACAUGAGAGUUAAGAUGAACAACAUGGAGAAGGCGCACAAAGAGGCCAUGGAACAGCAACAGGAGAAAGGAGUCAGCGUGCCGCGACCCUUCUCCAGUGGACCCAGUGCCUUCAUUCCAGAAGAGGAGAUUGUGGAGGCGUCCCAGGUGGACCCCCAAACAGAGCAGAUCCUGGCCGAGGCCUACUCUCUGUCGGGCCACGUGGACCAUCUGACCCAGGUGAUGGGACUGCACCCCCACUACCUGGAGUCCUUCCUGCGUAGCCAGUUCUACCUGCUGAGGAUGGACGGCCCCUUGCCUCUCCACUGCCGACACUACAUUGCCAUCAUGGCUGCAGCGCGUCACCAGUGUUCCUUCCUGGUGUCUCUGCAUGUGCGUGAGUUCUACAGGAUGGGGAUGUGUCUAGACUGGCUGAAGGGUCUACAGUACGCCCCUCAGAGACUGAGGAACCUCAACGAGAUCAACAAGAUCCUAGCACACAGGCCCUGGCUCAUCACCAAAGAGCACAUUCAGAACUUGGUGAAGACAGGGGAGCACAGUUGGUCUUUGGCGGAGCUGGUCCAUGCUGUGGUCAUAUUGGCCCAUUUCCAUUCCCUGGCCAGCUUUGUGUUUGGCAGUGGUAUCAACCCCCAGGUGGAUCCACAGCAUGCCAAUGGCUUCCAGUCCGUUUACAUCAGUGACUACUGUACAUGUGACUUGGCCAGCGACCAUCACCUGGACCGAGACCUCAGCAGCACCAGCCCCGUAACCACAGACUCGGUCAGUGAGUUAGAGGCACUGAUGGACAGAAUGAAGAGGCUGCAGGAGGAGAGAGAGGAGGAUGAGGCCUCGCAGGAGGAGAUGGCCACACGCUUCGAGAAAGAGAAGAAAGAGAGCCUCCUGGUGGGCUCUGGGGAUAUGAAGGAUGAGGUGAUGCCCACAUCCAAAGUGUCUCGGUUUGUAGAGGAUGCCACCUUUGGGUACCAGCACUUUGCUCGACACGGAGAGGACAACCCACCAACAUUUAGAGCGCAGGACUACUCGUGGGAGGACCAUGGUUUCUCUCUGGUCAACAGGCUUUAUUCAGACAUCGGGCUGCUGCUGGAUGACAAGUUCCGGACAGCGUGUGACCUGACCUACUACAACAUGGCCAGUCACGAGGACGUAGACACCACCAUGCUCCGACGUGCACUCUUCAACUAUGUGCACUGCAUGUAUGGCAUCAGGUAUGAUGACUAUGACUAUGGGGAGGUGAAUCAGCUAUUGGAACGCAGUCUGAAGGUCUAUAUAAAGACGGUAACAUGUUAUCCAGAGAGGACCACUCGCCGCAUGUACGACAGCUACUGGUGCCAGUUCCGCCACUCCGAGAAGGUCCAUGUGAACCUACUCCUAAUGGAGGCCAGGAUGCAGGCAGAACUGCUAUACACCCUGCGCGCCAUCACACGCUACAUGACCUGACCCUGACCGACCACAGCGGGUUGUCUUUCUCCAACUGACCAAUAGAAAACCCCAGCCCUCUACAGUCCUCAUCACCCCACCUCCCCCAACACCACCACCGGCCUUCCCCUUUCCACAGCCCCAGGAACGAGGCCUCUUGGAACUAGAAAACUGUCUCUCUACCAGGCAUAUGACUCUUAAACUGGCCCACUACUGUGUGGUUGGGUGGGGACUUUGAGGUCUUUUUAGCUUAAUGCCCUUGUAAAGAGGAAGUUUGUUAAGAUGAAGGAAAUCCUAUUGUGGGUGUAUACAAGUGAAAACGGGUGCACAUGACUGACUAUUAUCAUCCUCCUUUGCCAAAAUCAUAAUGGCAGUUUGGCUUCAGUGACAUGCAGUGAAGUGGUUGGAGUUCAUGACUAACUUUUGGAAAUUGUUUAUCCAAGCAACCUCACAAAGUACUGAACUCCAGCUCUAAGGAGGAUACUGAAUAGCCAGAAACAGUGUUACACAAGAAUAUACCUCUGAAUGUAAUGACUUGAUUUGGGACAGACCCACCAAUAUCAGAAACAAGAUUAGAAGGUUAUCUGAUUGACAGAGCCAAGCCCUUUUGUGGCACUCAGAUAUUUAAAGAAGUGCAAUAUGGUCUUCAUUCUCCUUACCUUUUUUUAUGAUAUAUUUUGCAACUUAAAAGGCUGUGACAGAAUACUUAUGCUUUUCAGUAUAUUUACACCUUUGUCAAUAAAUUAGGCUAAGUAAAAUAUUUAUUGAGAAUUAUUUCUCUGCAAUAUUUGUCCUAAUAGAGACUGUAUCGCAGCAGGGAGUGCACAAGCAACAUUAUCAGCAAUUGUAGGAUUUUUUUAUUGAGUUAUUGCUUUCCCUCUCUCAUCCUGUUUGUGACAUAUUUCUGUCCCAAAUGUUUCUAACAGGGUCUGUAAGACAUUCAUAUUGCCUACUUGUCUAUAUUUCUACCAAAUAUGCAGUGUACAGUACAGAUGUUAGAUCCAUGAGACAUUUAAAAUAAAACAUGUGUAUUCCAUUAGGAAGUAGAGUACAUUUCAGAACUGAGAUAAGCUACAGUAGUGCUGGGAAUGUGCUCUUGGUUUUUGUUUUGUUUUGAAGUAUCACCACAUGCAAAUGCCUAACCCUAAAAUUUGCACUGUUAACUUUGAGCCUCACCAGCAUUUAUUUGAUGCUUAUUUCUUCAUCAGUGUAGGGUUGGAAAAGUCAUGCCGCUUCUGUGAAUGAUUUUUGCUCUUUGCACAUUUGUAUCUGCACGUUGGAACGUUGGUAAUUCCCAGUUGGAAAUAUGCAAGAAAUGUUUGUAUUUCCUUAAAUCCUCUCCCUUCUCUCGAAUCUUUCUCAAAUAUUAAGACAUUGCAUUGUAUGUCUCAGAUGCAAAAUGUGUUAAAUAUUAGCACCUUUGUGUGAAGAUAGUUUAGAUGCAUUGAUCAAAUUCUUUAAACAUAUCUCUGCGAACUCAGAUGCCAUUCACCAAAGUACUAUUUACUGUUUGCCAACCUACAUUAUAUUUUUAUAGUGUUUUAAUUUGGGGGGGAUAAACAACUUGUAUUAACAAGAACAAUUAGGUAAUGUAUCAUUCGAAUUAUAACCGAUGAAGCUGAGUUGUCUAAACUUUACAAAAUUAUAGUCUACUGGUCUGAGAGUUAAAGCUGCACUUUUGUUUCUGUUACCGAGAUUGUGCUUCAAGAUUGUUGCAAUAGUUUUGGGAGGUCGUGUCUUCUUAAUCAAAGCCACACUGUCGUUUUUCAAUUAAAACAACUGUAAAAUUAAAACUGUACAACUGAAACGUUAUUUCACACAGUGCCUGUAAGGAAAUAAAAAAGAAGUUAAGAAAUA